AUGGUCGAAAGGUUCGAAUCCAGCUCUUUGGUGUUCGGCUCAUCUCGGAAAGAGUCCACAGUCAUCAGCGUUCUUCAAGUCCUCAACUUCCUCCGGACCCUUCGCUCCGGAAUUUUUCUCCUUUUCCCGGAUCUUCUUGUCUCCUUCCCGAGUCUAUCUCUCGAGGUUACUUGUACUCGACCGGAUGUCAAUACUUCGAUCUCAUCUUCCUUCGAGUCUUCUGUUACAACACAAUGUCUUUUCGAGUUUGAGUGGCUUCGAGGGAAAGGGUCGGUUUGGGGAGAAGAAAAUCCGGGAAAAGGAGAAAAAUACUGGGAUGAAGUGUUUCGGUUGGAGGUUGAGGACUUGAAGGAUGUCGAUGACUAUGGACUCCUUCUCUGUAUGGGCCCAGUACCGAAGAGUCAGAUUCGGGUCUUUCAAUCAUCCCGUAAGAGCGAGGGCCGCUCUCUGCUCGCGAGGGAUGAGAUGGAUUUUAGAGGAUGGCUUGCCCGGUCCUCAAGAGGGGAGAUCGUUUUAUUGGCCAGGAAGAGUUUUUUGUCGUCCAGUGACUUUUUUUGUCUUAGAAUCUUCUCGAGUUACCUCCACAGAAUAUCACCCUUUGUGGUCCAGAGAUACAGAACUUACGACUUUUAG